CUCACAACAGUUGCCACUCCACACGUGUGCUGACCUCGAGGUAAUGUCUGUAUUUAGACAACGUUUUUCAGUUUCGUCUCCAUGAUCUGCAAGCAGGCGAAUUCGGCAGGUUGUUACGUUUUCUAACAUAAAAUGCUGCCGGAUUGACAAUUUGUCAUCCGUUCUUUGGAUCGUUUUCCCUUCUGUCGCCGACGAACUACUUUACCAGCUUCUGCACAAAGAUCGAUACGACGCUAUGUCUGAUCAUGGUGUUUUCGCAGACGCCACGGUUCCAGAGCCGACGUGGUCUUGGGGUGAUUCUCCUGGGCAACCGGGCGAGCCGGUCCCUGAGGUACCACCACCUGCUGCGGAAACUUUCGAAUCUGGUGGUGGGUCUGAUGCCGCGCAGGACCAUGAUGCCCACGCUGCAGCUGCGGACUCGAACGAGGCAGAUGGGGCGAGAUACAAACCCCGGACCUGCAGGAUAUGUUUCGAAGAGGUGCAACCAACAUUUGACUUUCCUAGCACGACCACACAGUUCCUGGGAAGGAAGCCUCGCGUCCGAUACAUCUCGGAAGACCCGGAGUUUGGGAGACUUAUGCGGCCUUGCAAGUGCAAAGGUUCCCAGAAGUAUGUUCAUGAAGGCUGUCUUCGCGCAUGGAGAAUGGCCUCGCCAGCGCAGCGCAACCUGUGGGAAUGUCCGACCUGCAAAUACACGUACCGCCUGGAACGGCUGACCUGGGGAAGGUGGGUCAGUAGCAAGGUCGUACGAGCAGCCCUCACCGUACUGAUAGUGCUGCUGGCCGU